AUGGAUGCUUCUACAAGAAAGACAAGUUGCAGUGAGGAAGAAGAAUGUAACUUGAGAAUCACUGAGUCUGCCGAUCACAGCUGUUGUUCAACCAAAACGAACAAUCUUGGACCAAAUUGUGUUCAGACAGUUACCUUACCCAAUAACAAGACUAUUUUACACUCACCAGUAGUAGCAGUCAAGCAACACUAUGCUGAUCCUCGUUUCUUGCCACUUCAAGAUAGCCCAGCUAGUAGUAUUGCCGGAAGUGCAACAACAGAGGGUACUAGUGAAGGUAGUCAUAGUAGUAAUAGCAAAAGCGGUAGCAGUAGUAGUUAUAAGCCUCAAUCGUCUUGUUCAAAUGCACCAAACAAAGGAACUCAAUGUAGUAGCAGUGCCUCAUCAUCGACUGAAGAAGCCGAAGCACGUGAAAAACGCUUUGGUAGUGUAAAUCUACAUCCUUUGCCAAGCGUUGCAUUAACAGCUAUAAUGAAUCAAGCGAUGCGUCGAAGUUUAUAUACUGAGUCUUCAGUUCAAAAUCCUGAACAACUACCGUACGCUGUUUUACUAACAACUCACAAAAAUUAUGGAAGCUCUUCAGGUCAUGAUGAUUUAAAAAUGAAUUCAACACAUGUUCCAACAUCUAAUAAUGACCUGAGUAGUCUCUUAUCACACACCUCAGCCCAAACUAAUCUAAAUUCUGUUCAUAGUACAUCUGUUGACGUUUGUUCGUCUCAAUUUAAUCAAAACUUGCCGUUACACCUUAUUCCUCCUAAUUUAUGGCCACAAUUGAUUUGUCCAAUACAUGCUGAUAAUUUUCUGGCUCAAUUUUCUCAAAUUUUAUGCAAAACAAACAAUGAGAUCAACGAAACCAACAAUGAUAAAACAAUAUCAACAAAUUUUCCAAUUCUGUGCACAAAAAAUGAACAAUCACUUGGGAAUAUGACAUCAUCUACAACAUUGGAAGAAAUGAAACCCGAUUACAAUAAUAAUAUGAAUAAUUUGAAAAAAGCAACACAUACAAUCAUUACAACUACUGUACCUGAAACAAAUACUUAUAGUGGUAUACCUGUAGUAGGAUAUUCAUGUAAUGUAUCUGGACCAAAUAAUAAUAAUAAUAAUAAUAAUAAUAAUAGUGCCGUACAACCUACUAGUCAACAACGUGUUGGCCCAUAUUAUUUAGGUCCUACACUUGGUCGUGGUAAUUUUGCUGUAGUGAAAUUAGGCAAACAUUCACAAUUGUCUGUAAAGGUUGCUAUUAAAAUUAUGAAUAAAGAUUUGAUUGGUUCUAAAAAUCUUAGUAAAAUUUCACGUGAACUUGAAGCAAUGAAACGUUGUCAACAUCCACAUAUUAUUCGUUUAUAUCAUGUUAUGGAAACAGAAUCAAGCAUUUUUAUGGUUACUGAAUAUGCUAGUAAAGGAGAAGUAUUUGAUCAUAUUAGUUUAUCUCAUGCAUUUGGGGAAAAAGAAGCAAGAGAAUUAUUUUGGCAAAUUGUUUGUGCCAUUGAAUUUUGUCAUGCUUCGGGCAUUGUACAUCGUGAUUUAAAAGCAGAAAAUCUUCUAUUAGAUGCUGAUUUUAAAAUUAAAGUUGCUGAUUUUGGAUUUUGUAAUUUUUUUCAAAAUGGUCAAUUAUUAUCUACGCAUUGUGGAAGUCCUCAAUAUGCUGCACCGGAAUUAUUUAAAGGUGAAUCAUACGAUGGAACAUUGGCUGAUGUAUGGAGUUUAGGUGUUAUUUUGUAUAUUCUUGUUUGUGGUUCAUUUCCAUUUCCUGGUGAAUCAUUGGGUGAAAUUCGUACACAAGUACUACGUGGUCUUGUACGUUUUCCAUUUUAUUUAUCAACAUCUUGUGAACAAGUUAUACGAAGUAUGUUACAAGUAGAUCCUGUUCGACGUUUUAAAUUAAAACAAGUUAUGACCACAGCAUGGAUGCAAGAGUCACCAAAUGUGGAACAUUAUAAAUCACUGAUGAAUAAAUAUCGAAUUCAAGCAAAAGAACAUCAAUUUGAAAUUCUAUUUCAUCAACAACACCCGGAACAUAGUAAAAUUGCCAAAGAAGAAUUUCUCGAAAGAAUUGAACGUAAACUAGAUAGUGGGAUUGUCAAAGCAUUAUCAAAUGAAACAGGUUUAGAUGAAGAACAAAUACGUCAAUCGACAAUUCAACGUAAAUAUGAUCGUUAUCAUGCAGCUUAUGAAUUAUUAAAAGAAAAAAUUAAAAUUUUCUAUCAGAAUCCAAUUCUACGUAAAUUUGUUAAUGAUGAAAUGAAAAAACAACAAACAAAUACAUUUCACAAAUUAGAUUUCAUUCAACAAUCCACAUGGCAGCCAAUGUCUGAAGAACACAUCAAUACUAUGCCCACCACAUCAACAACUACAUCAACAACACCAACAACAACACAACUUGGUAUACUGGAUGAAACAAUGUUAUCAGAUGAACAAACUACUACUCCUCCUCCUCUUCCUGCUCCUCCAUCAAGUGAUAUGAUUAUGUCUAGUGAUUCAAGUGAUGUAUCAGAUGUACCAAUGAAAGAGACUUGUUCUUCUUGUUCGCCUUCUUCUUGUUUGCCUUCUUGUACUAUCAAUAAUGUUCAGUCAACUACGUCUACAAUAACAAAUCCUUCGAAUUGUGAAAAAUCUGAAAAUCCGAAUAGUUAUUAUAAUCAACAGAAAGAUUUCAAUGAAAGUAAUUUAAAAGAAUGGAAAUGUGUUACACAGCCAAAAAAUACUGAAUUAAAUGCUGCUAUGUGUAUUCUGAAAGCUGAUGAAGAUGAAAUUCUCUCACGAUUUGGUAUUCAAUCAGGUCCAAUCAAUAAAUCGUUUUCUAAUUCAACACGACGUCAUACAUUACAAUAUACUACAUCAUUAUUCCGUAAACAUGAUCAUCCUGAUACUACUAUUCUAACAAGUCCUGAUAAUAAUAAUAAUAAUGAUGGUGAUAUUGAUGUGAACAAUCGUCAAUCUGACACAUCGACUACUACUACUACUACUACUAAUACUACUAACAACGACAACAACAACAACAAUAUUGCUGUGACAAAUUCCAAUGUAAAAGUUGAUAGUCACAAUAAUAAUAAUAAUAGUAAAACCAAUGAGAAUAGUAACAUUGUUAAACGUACCACAGUACGUCGUUUUCCACGUCAAAUUACUCAACCCCAUUCAAAUCGAUUACAAUAUAAUCAAAAUAAUGCAGAGAAUUCAGAUCAAAUGUUAUUGACUCGUUUAGAUUGGAUGCCACCGAAUACAUGGGAGACAAGUUUUUCAGACUAUCGAAAAUCACACCUACUUAAAUCAUCAAGACCAUAUUUGAAUAAGAUCAGCAAACAAAAUGAACAAACAUUAACAUCACUUGAAUUAGGACAAGAAGCAUCUACCACGAGGUUGCCAAACAAUCCAGGAGACACGACAAUAACAACGACAAGUGAUGUUGAUGAUGAUGACGAUGAAGAAGGAGUAGUGGGGCAAGAUGAUGUUUCAAUUUUGAUUGAUCAAGAAAAUAUCAUCUUACCAGAUGAAAUGUCACAGUCUAUCCAAUUAACCGAGAAUAUCUCAUCUAUGAAUGAUUAUAACAAUGUAACAACAUUAGAUAGACAAGAUACAGUAUCUGAGAAAAGUAGUGUGUUUCUGCUGACAACUGAAUGCCCAAAUCCAGUUGAAUCCCCACUUGAAAUGGUGACAUUGGAAGAUCAACAGAUUCCUUCUGCACAACAAAAUUCCGUUGAUAUGAUGAUGAAUACAGAGUCUACUACUGAAAAAAUAGAUAAUGUGACUAGAAUUAUGAUUGAAAAAUCCAGCUUACAUGAAGAUCCAUGUUGGUCGAAUGUUCGUAUUUCAGGUGGAAUGAUGGAUGAAGAUGAAGAUGACAAUUCAUGUAAUCCAACAGCUGGAGUACUGCGUACACUACUUCCACAACUUAAUUUACCAGCGAAUUUACCAGCUAUGAUUCAUCAACCAGUAGCUUACUUCACUGUGAAAGAUCCAAAUUUACUUGCACCACCGGAGUUUAUGACACCACAUAGUUCUAGUUUCCCUCGUAGAUCAUCAGAUGGUGCAGCUGAUUUACAACCACUACAUCGACCUGUUAUCACAGUUGGUGGUAGUUAUCCAGAACAAGCGAAUUAUCGUAAAGAGAAUUCUGGUACUGAAAGUGAAAAUUCAUCUUUAGCAGUAAUCAACAAUGUACACUCUUCAAAACUAGAUCCUAUAGAAGGAACUACCGUAUCUGUGACCUCAACCAAUUUAUCUGAUCGAAUUCAUAAAUCUCGACAAAAAUAUAAUGAUUAUGAGCAAUCAAAACACAUGCCCUCUUCAUCUCAUCAUCAACAACAACACCCACAACACCAACAACAACAACUACCUGAAUUUCAUAAUCGAUCAUCAUCAGUUGCUCAACACUCAACUUAUCAUCAUUCUCAAAGAAACCGUCUUCCAUUAGGUAUAUGGUGGAAACUUACAAGUAAAAAAUUUAAUCAACCUAGUGAUUUUAAAAGUGAAUCAUGGGAUGCCCAAUUCGCUCGACAUCAAAAACGUUUUAGUCUACCGGUGAAUAGUGUACCUGUAAGACAACCACCAUCAGGCUCUGUCAAAACUGAACUACAAUGUAAAUGUCAUCAACCGUUAACUUCAGAAUUAUUACAAGAAAUUCAACAAAAACUACAAGAUACUUCAUGGAUUGAAAAACUCACAGCUACUGGAAUUACACAUGUACAAUGUACAACUGAUGAAAAUAAAUUCAAUUUUGAACAGAUACCAGAAAUGUAUCGUCGUGGAAGUGAAGCUAGUCAAAUGUCAGCAUGGGAAUAUCGUUUAAGACAAUAUAAUGAACUAUAUGAUCCAGCUGAACAUCCUCGAACUACUUCUAGUUUUCAUCAACCAGUUCCUGAAUUAGAACCAGAUGAAGAAGAAGAAGAAGAAGGAGAACGAGGAGAUGGAAGACGAGUAGGACAGGAGGAGGAGAAAUUAAAUUCCAAUUAUCCAUUCUUUACUUUUUCAUAUAAUAAUGAUAAUUUUGUUACAAAUACGAGAGUAACAACAACCACAACAACAACAACUGAAUAUCGAAAUAUUGUAAGUCCAGUGAAUCAAACAAUAGAUACAAGUGCAAUCACUACAACAAGCACAUGUACUUCUCAGUGUGUACCGUAUGAAUCAAGUUCUGUUAAAGAUGAUCAUCGUUUAAACACGCUUUCAAAUGAAUCAUACGAUUCAAAUACUAUUCCAAUUAGUCAAUCAGAUAUUGAAUUGACAGAUUUGAAAACUGAACUACACAAGCUUGAAGUAGAACAAAAAACAUCGCAUUCAUCAUUCACCGAUGAUCCUCUCCAUUUCUCAUCAAUCGAAUCAUCAAAAUCUAUAAUCGAUGAUAAUCAUCAAAUUGACAAAUUCACUGGUACAACAACUCAUUUGCCUACAUUCAAUUGGUCAACUGGUCAACCAACGAAUAUCACAUCAUUUUUAUCAGAUUAUGCUAUUAAUCAUAUGCAACAAUUUACAUCAUUAUCAACAACAAAAUCUACACUUACAACAAAUGAACCAUUUUCUACCACUUCUCCUACUUCUAAUCCAACACAAUGUUCGGAUGAUAAGCAAUUCAAGCAUCGUCGAGCAUCAUCUGUCAUUGUGAAUAAUCAUUAUCCAAUAGGAUUGAAUUAUUCAAUGCCCCCGGAUCAACAACAACAACAACUACUGUAUGAAACCAGCAAGGCGAGUAGACGUAAACAUAGACAUUCUGUGGGUGAAAUGUUGCUGCAUGAUAAUAACAUUAAUGAUAAUAAUAAUAAUACCAUGAAAUCGAAUUAUGAAUAUUGUUCUGAUGUUAGCUCGGAUGUAUUCAAUGUUAGUUCAGAAUUUCAACAACCUGCAAUCCAGUUAGGUUUAAACGUAAAUAUGGAAAAUGUUAAUACUCAAUUGGAUGAUGAGAUGAGUAUAAAAUCACUUUCUUCCUUUUCCAUGAUAACAACACCAUCACCAUCACCAACAAGUGUUAAUACUACUAAUAAUAAUAAUACAGGCAUUGGUCAACGUCUUUUCGAUCGGCUACAUCCAGAUCGAGCAAACUAUUUACAUGUACUACAACAUUCAGGUGGUUCAUUAGAUCGACGUUUAAGUCCUGAUUUGUUAAAAAGUCCUCGUAAAAAAAUUUAUCAAGAAUGGUUACCUAAAUUAACUGAAUUAUCCCACAAGGCAUUUGAUGUUGCACGUGACAAAAUGAAUAAAGUUAAAAGUGCAAAUAAUCCACAAUCUUUAGUUUAUAAUCUAAUUCAUCAUCCAUCAACACAUUAUUAUACAACAUCAAAUAUAUUGCAUCAAGAUGAACAAUAUAGCAGUGAUAUAAUUCAUAGAUCACCAAUUGAUCAUCAACUGGUGGUUAUCGAUGAACAACAUCAAAUACAAAGUGAUAACAAAUCCAAUCCUACUGCUACUACUACUACUACUACUAAUACUACUGAUACUACUACUCCUAGUAGUAUUAGUAGUAUUUUACAUGAAAAAGAUGAACAAAUUAAUGUUGUUACUGUCAAUGUGAAUACAGAUCCAGAUAUCGAUCAAGAUAUUGAUGAAGAUUAUGCUGAUGAAAAAGAUUGUGCUUUAGCUCCUUUACAAACACAUUUAUUAAAUACCACCAAUUCAUCAAUUCAUCAUUAUCAUCAUACAUCUCGACCAAGACAUAGAAUUAUGAUGAAUCAAAAUAUUGGACAAAAUUUAAGCCACUAUCCACAACAAGUUAUGCCAUUCUUUCAUGGUAGUUUACUUCAUCCGACUAAUAUUUCACAACAUCAACACCAACAACAACAGCAACAGUCUCAAAAUGCAUUCAAUUCUCAAUUACCUUAUGGUACUAGUAGUAGUAGUAGUGGAUUUAAUAAUUACACGUUACAAGAUUUAGUUGAUUUUUCGAAUCCACAAGCUUUACCAGCUGCAGCUGCUGCAGCUUCAUUAUUAUUAUUUCGUUCAACUGAUGAUGAUGAAGAUCUGGCUGCUAUUGAUCGUGUGAAUCAACGUUUAGCUUUGAAUAGAUUAAUAACUAGUAAUUUAAUUGAGACAAAUCAAUUAGUAAAUAAUAAUUUUCCUAAUCUACAUAAUUCAACAAUUUCUUCGGAUUGUUCAACAUCAUCAUCAUCAUCUCCUCAAACACAAACAAUGUUACCGCCACCAACACAACAACAACAACAACAACCAAUUAGAUCUUUUUUUGCCUAUAAUACAAACAACACCAAUUCCACAUUCCAUAAUAAUCAAUAAAAAAAAACACAAAAAUUUUGAUCAACACAAGAUACAAUACAUCAUAUCAUUCAUUAUGCACAUGAUUGACUAUUCCCGGUCUUCGAUAUAAUCAAUCAAUCCUUCUACAUAAUAUGCCCCUGAUGAUAUUAUAAUGAUACCUACCUAUAUUCCCUAAUAAGAAUAAAGUAAACGUCAUAUAACUUAUUUCAUUGCAAGGUUGUUGUGAAGAUUGUUAAGUGUUUUUAUUUGUAACCAUGAAUCGAUCAAUGAUGUUAGACCAGCACUAUUAGAAACCUGGAAGAAGCACUGAAUCAUGGCCGUUUCGUCCUGGUAUGGCGCUACUCAUUAGGUCCUGGGUUCGAAUCCUGUGGGAUGCAGGAGUCGUGGAUGCGCACUG